AUGAAUCUCGAACUUCCAGUUCCCAGACAUAUGUUGAGUCCUGGGGACGAUGGAUAUCGCACUCCCACCAUCGAGGACACCCAGCGUGACUUCAGCUUCCAGCAUGAGAACCUCUGCACCUACCCGUCCGCUGGCGCCACUGUCAGCGAAGCCCACACUUCAGCUCUGGAGAAUGUGUACCGCACGUUUUCCCGCAAACCCCAAGGGGAUGAGGCUGGUUUGGAUGAUGUGACUCUUCCCCGAAGCGAAUCAGGGCACUCCCCGUCUAACCUAAGCUGGAAGAAACGAAUUAGACAUAUUACUUGGGCUUUCUUUACCCUGACCAUGGCCACGGGCGGUAUCGCCAAUGCACUGUAUAAUAGUAUUGCCCCCGUCUCAUUCAAAAUGGAUUGGGAUGUGCUGACACCAAGAGCAGUACCCUAUCGAUUUCGCGGAUUGGAUACCAUUGGAAUUGUAUUCUUCAUAUUCAAUAUCGCGCUGUACCUGAUGAUCUGGGGUCUGCUACUUGCACGGUUCUACUUUUAUCCAUACACCUUCAAAGCGUCUUUUUUGCACCCGACCGAGUCGUUAUUUGUCCCUGCGUCCAUGGUGUCUUUUGGGACAAUCUUGAUCAAUAUCUCGCAAUAUGGUCCGAGCCACAGCAUGCCGUGGCUUGCGGAGGCCGUGCGACUUCUGUUUUGGAUUGAUGCCGGUCUUGCGGUAGUCUUUUCUGCUGGUAUAUAUCUUCUGCUGUGGUCGACGCAGACUUUCACUAUCGCCCAGAUGACUCCCAUCUGGAUCUUUCCAGCCUACCCCAUGCUCAUCAUCGGCCCUCAUGCGGGUAUUCUCAGCGAAAAGCUUGACCCUCUCAUUUCCCUGCGCAUUAUCAUCGGCGGGACCACCAUCCAGGGGGUCGGAUUUUUGGUCUCGUUGAUGGUGUACUCGGCGUUCAUCUACCGACUGAUGUCGCAGAAGCUUCCCCGGGAGAACGUCCGGCCCGGAAUGUUCGUGUCCGUUGGUCCGAGUGCCUUUACCGUGGCAGGGAUUGUGAACAUGGCCGAUCACGCAAAACGAUGUUUUCCCGCCGAUUUUAUGGGUAAUGGUGCCUUGGCUGCGGACGUUCUAAAAGUCGUGGUUGAUUUCUCUGCCUUGUGGCUGUGGGGGUAA